CAGAGAGUGGAGGACUAGGACGAAAGGUGUGCUGAGGAAAGUAAGAUGGAAAUCGCAGCUGUUCGUGAAGAAAUUAACUUUUUGCGCGAAGAAAUGAAGGCUCUGCGCGAAGAAAUGACCAAUCAACGUGAAGAGACGAAGGGAUGUAAAAGCGAGGUGACUAAUUUGAAGACAGAGAUGAAAAGACAAGAGGAGGAGAACACCGCACUACAUAGUGAGGUGGUUCGCCUGCAGCAGGCAAUGGUCGAGGAGCGCUCCACUCGCCAGGUCGUCGUGGAGGAGCUGCGGCAGGAGGUCCGCCGGCUUACAGCGCCAUUCGGCCGUCUGCAGGGUCUGGUGCCACGAGAGCAGGAGAUCGUCGAGACGCAGGUGCCAGUCGAAACGCAGGUGCCAGUGGAUGGGGCUCAGGUGCGCGAACUGGAGGACCGACUGAACCAGGCGCUGGUCGACCAGAAGAGGGCGGAGGAUGACCUGAAGGAAUCGCGCGCCACCAAUUCCGCCACGGAGACCAAGCUACGCGAGACUGAAGCGCGCAAUGAGGACCUCAACAGCAAAACCAACGACCUGGAGCAGACCAACGCCUCACUGAAGAAGCGCUUGCACGAAAUGGAACGCACACUGGAUCACGAGCGGUCGUCGAGCAAAGACAAAGAUGAUGUGAUAAAGCGUCAACAGGAGGAGAUACAGCAGCAAAAGGAGAGGCAACAGGCUCUGAUGAAAACCAAAGUGGCACUAGAUGCGGAGGUAUCUGCCUUUAACAAGCUGCUCGAGUCUAAGAAUAACAGGUUAGUGCAGCCGCCGACGAUGGGCAUAAAGAAGCUAUGUUUCCCGCCGGGCCUGAGCGAGAAAUCGCUGACAAACAUCCUGCAGAAUUCCGAGGGUAUGGAGGAACUGCUCAUGACUUCACCCUCCGACUCGACGGGGCAGUGGAUUCGGCUACUGUCACCGUCCUUGAAUAAGCUAGACGUUUUCGGACCGGGGGUGACGGGGGAGCCGGCGAAACUGGGGGUGGGAAGACAACCCGACCAUGGGCUGACGGUCGUCAUAAAGCAGGCGGGAGAUGACGUCAUCAACCAGCUGGCCAAGGAGCUGGGACCACGGGUUACCGGGCUGAAUAUGUUCAACUGCCCGCGUGUCACUGCUGGGGCCUUGCAGCGACUGCUGUCCGCCCUCACCGGCCUGGAAGACGUCACGCUUGACUGCUCUCUGUCCGGCGCCAUCACUGACGCCUCACUGGCCGCCCUCUACGGCUGCUCCCAGCUGCGUGAAAUGCAGCUGGGACGGGUCAGUGGACUCUGUACGGAUAUACCGGUCACAGCGGUCAGCAGGCUGGUGGUUACCUGUCGGAAACUGGAGCUGCUGUUUUUUUACGCAACGGAGGAGCUCAGCCAGAGGGUCCUGGACGCCCUGGUCCGGGCAGACCUGGGGAAAAGUGAUGACGGUACGCCGAAAACACUGUGGUUCGUGGUCCCAGCACCCGUCUAUGAGAAGCUGAGAAAGCCGCCGUCCACCAGCAGCAUCGAAGUGUAUGAAGCUACCUAGAAGUAUCAUUCGAAAAUACCACGCCGACUCAGAAUGCGCCUACAGCAGUCAUCCUCAGCUUGUUCACCCUUGGAUUGGAAGGAUCCGAGAAUAUGACGGACAAAUGGGACGACAGUCUGCCGGGCUUCAUCACCAACUGGGAGCUGGUGAAGCUGCGCUCCUUCAGCAUCAGCGUGCACCGGGUGGACACGGUGGGGUCGAACACCAUUAUUCCGAUCAAAACUACGCUGGCUUAUCACAUAAUACGUGUUCGAAAAAUUCCAUGGACAUCUCGUGAGUGCUUUAUAUACAGGUAGAAGGACAAGAUGUGAAUGUAAUGGCGUGAUACAUUACAUUACAAGUGAGGCGUGAAAUAAGGACCAGGAACUUGUGUGUGUGGCUCCACAGUGCGCCGUGCCAUUGAACCCAACACAUUGGUUUAUCUGUGGACUCUGAAGUGAGCGGAUGACGCACUGUGGGGUGUUUACUUUCUUCCGAAUGAAUUGUGUGAAAUAUCAUUGCUGGAGAUUGCACAUUGCGUAUAAUGUUAGGUCCUACGUGCGCGCUGCUUUGUAGAAGCUCAUCAGCGAACUUAUACUACUGCGUUGGAAACAAGUUUUAUGGAGGUUUAGAUGUCCACCUAUGUACAUAUUGAACGAUAAAUUCACAGCUAUGUAGCUUUUUAUAAUAUUUUGUACACAUGCGGAGAUCAAAAAGUUUGUGCAUCGGAUUGUAUGUCUGAAUUAUUGGUGAAAAAUCAUUGAUGAGCUUUGCUUGUGCCGCGCGGCUGCACUGGUUUGGAUACAUUCUUUCCCGUUAUUCCGUUUGCCUAAUGCAACUCUAAUCGAUGUUAUGGGUAGCUUAGUAGCCAGUUACAACUAGCUAAUGUCCUUGGAGUAUUUGUUUACGUGUUUAUAUGCCAUGUUCGUGUGUGUGAUCACCAAACGUGCCUGCUUUAUAUCUGUACUACCUACAGUAAUGCCAGUGACAUAACACCGGGAGUACAAUGAUCCCUUUGUACAUACAUGUUUGGUGGAAGUCUCGGCACA